CUGACAUCACGCUCUCUGCCCCCGGCUGGAUCCUGCUCCUGCAGCUCGCACUUCUAGAGAAGUAACUGCGGCUGUGUCCAGCACUGUGCCCGAUCCAGUGCCCUUACCACCCGAAGAGCCGUCUCCUGCCGUCGCCCAGUCCGCUGCCAACUUGCAGAAUCGCUUUGGAUUGUAUACAUUUCCUGGGUAGAAGGAGCUGCAAUCAGAGUCCCCGAGAAUGGACUGUCAUCUGCGGGGCUGCUCCUGACCUGUCUGCAUGAUCACCUCACUGAGUGCUGGAUUACUGGGGGGCAGAUCUGCAAGCAAGCAACAAGUCAGAGUUGCGUGUACUCUGCCAAGACGAUAUCCUUUGGAAUGCGGUCUUGAUAUCAUCUUAAACAUGAAUGAAGAGGAAGCCCUCAAUCUUAUUAUGAAGGACCUGGCUGCUCUGGGGAGAUGUGGAGGAUUGCUAGAUAGUAAUCGCAUCAAAAAUAACAAGCAGCAGGAUGCCCGGAUCAAGUUCGAAUACAAUGGAGAGAAGAGGAUCAUUGAGUUCAGAAGACCUGUAAAACUGAAGGAUGUGCUGCAGAAAGUUACAGAUGUGUUUGGGCAAACAUUGGACUUGCACUAUGCAAACAAUGAGCUCAUUAUACCACUGAAGUAUCAGGAUGACUUGGAUAAAGCUAUAGAACACAUGGACAUGAAUCCAUCUCAUAAGAGCUUGAAGAUAUUAGCGAAAGCACCAUUUAAAAGCCUAUAUCUACAACCAGUUGGACCAAAGCAUCACCAUGACAUGAAGAUAUCAAGGUCUAUGGGAGACAUUCUGGGGUCUCUGUAUAAAGAUGCCGGAAAGACAAGGAAGUGUUCAACAGGGUCCUUACACACUGGACGCAGUUCUCCCCCUCCAGGAAGUGUCCCCGAUGAACAGCAGCAAAUUGCUCGCCAGAAAUCUAUAACGAGUAUCAACAGUGAAGGAGAAUUCAUACCUGAGGUUGUGGAUCCCUUCAUUAGCCCAACCGGCUCCCUGUCUAGUAGCUGCCAGUCACUGGAUCAGUCGUUGGACAGCCCAGUUUAUUCUACGCCGGGUCCAGGAAGAAAAGGUCAGCUCAAUGACAGCAUCAAUUGUUUAGAUUUUGAAAUUCCACUGUAUGAGAGGUUUGGUAAAGGAGGAACUUUUCCUCGACAAUAUCAUUUUUCCCAGAGUCGGAAGGACUACAGUGAUGGUCGUCGAACAUUUCCUAGAAGUUAUGGUGCACCUGAAGAUCCAUUCCCGUUUGGAUCCAGCAGCAGAAAGAGAAGUAUGAAGGGAGACUGCCGCAUGCAGUUUGAUGACCAUAGGAAAACGAGGUGGACCAACUCAGAGCAAAACAUACCGUUCUUACAUUCCUCACAGACUGACCACUGCAACAUAUCCCCACAGGCCCCUGAGAAUUGGAGGCUGGGUAAGCUGCUGGGAAGGGGAGCAUUUGGAGAAGUCUAUCUUUGCUAUGAUGUGGACACUGGUAGAGAACUGGCUGUGAAACAGGUGCCGUUUGACCCAGACAGUCAAGAAACGAGCAAGGAGGUGAAUGCUCUAGAAUGUGAGAUCCAGCUGCUGAAGAUUCAUAGGCAUGAUAGAAUAGUUCAAUAUUAUGGUUGCUUGCGGGACCCUACUGAGAAGAAGCUCUCCAUAUUUGUGGAGUACAUGCCAGGGGGUUCUAUUAAGGAUCAACUAAAAGCAUAUGGUGCUCUAACAGAGAACGUUACCCGGCGAUAUACAAGACAGAUUCUUCAAGGAGUUUCAUACUUACAUAGCAAUAUGAUUGUACAUAGAGACAUUAAAGGUGCCAACAUUUUAAGAGACUCAGCUGGGAAUGUAAAACUUGGUGACUUUGGGGCCAGCAAACGCAUCCAAACCAUCUGUAUGUCUGGGACCGGAAUUAAAUCUGUGACAGGGACCCCAUACUGGAUGAGUCCAGAGGUGAUCAGUGGAGAAGGAUAUGGAAGGAAAGCGGAUGUGUGGAGUGUAGCCUGUACAGUUGUGGAAAUGCUCACAGAGAAACCUCCAUGGGCAGAGUAUGAAGCAAUGGCCGCCAUUUUCAAAAUUGCCACUCAACCAACAAAACCAAAGCUUCCGGACAGUGUUUCAGACUCUUGUAGGGACUUCAUGAAACAAAUAUUUGUGGAAGAAAAAAGGAGGCCCACAGCCGAGGAACUUUUAAGGCAUUCUUUUGUUAGUCAUAGUAUUUAAUUUUUUUCCUAUCACUGUAGAAAAUAUAAACCAAAUGAAGGAUUAUGAAAUGCACAGUGGAGCUUUCGAAGACGUCCAUGUCUCUACUGCUUGCAUUCUUCUGGAGGUCCAGCACAUCAGGGAAUGUACAUUUCUAAGCUCAUCUGAGGCUUCUUAAACACUACUGGAGGAGAAUGUGUUGUAUCAUCUACAUACUGCAACAAUUAAGAAAGCAUCUAUUGAACAAUAUCCCGGAUUCAGCGGAAGGACGAGACUCACCAGACCCAAUAACUUUUAAUUCUAGAUAAUUGUAUGUUUUCUAUUAAAUUGGUUCAUUGGUGCCCGUAAAGCAGUGAUGAGCAACAGCUGUGUCUAGAACAAUGUGUCAGUUUAUAGUCCGUUGCAUUGUAGUUUCUCAAGAUUCAUUUCCCCACUGUGCACGGGUCUAUAAAGAAAACGUAGGGCCCGGCAGCAAUAUAUAUAGUGGCCCCUACACCAAAAUUAAUAUCUGUUAAUAUGGCUAAGUUGGACCUUGCCUUGUUUUCUAUCACUUUUCUAAAGCUUCCUUUAUACACAGUAUUUUUCUGAGGUAUUUUAGUCUUUUAAAAAAACUAUGUUUUUGUGGUGGCUUUUAUUUAUUUACACAUUUUUUACAAUGCACCAAAAGUACAGAAUAACCGGAAUGUCUUUUAUAUUUCACUGUUGGUUGCAGGAGUUUUUGUAAACAAAUAAAAAUUGCUGGAAAAAGUGCCACAAAAAUGUGGCUUUUUUUUCUUUCACAAAAUUCUAUAUGUCAAACCACCUAUAUAGUUAAGCAGAUUAACACUACAAAAGUAUGCCCAAAUGUUAUAUUUUUCAGUGUAUUCAUGCAUUGAAACGGAUGAAUUUCCCCCAGUGAGCUCCAAAUUUGCUGCUUUCCUUCCCAUUGUAAAUGAGAAAGUGCUGAAAGCCAGAAGUCAUCACUAGGGGGAGCUAAAUACAUAUGACUUUAUGUAGCUGCAAAAGAAGUCAAUAGGAGCUGUAUAAAUCUCUAGCAGGUGAGCAAUUGAAAACAUCUAAAGUCCAUGAAACGUGUUUUUGGGUUGCAUGGAGAGAUAUGUGGAGCCAUUAGUUUUUAUGUGUACUAUUAUGAGUUGACUUUCAGUUCCCCUUUGCAUUAAAGAGCACCAAUCUUUAAAAAAAAAAAAGUUUUGACAUGACAUCACAUUUUUGUUUGUUGUUUACCAUAUACUUUGGGAAGAAAGAAUGCAAAAGAAUAGUCCAGCAAAACAAUAAGGACCUGUAUAUGUUACAUUCAAUGUAUGAAAUCAGGUAUUGUAUAAAAUGCCUAAAGUAUUCAGGCAAAGUAUGAAAUGCUUAAUAUUUCACACACUUCCUAGGCAAUCUGUAUAACGCCUAAAGGUAAACCCACAAAGUAUAACAUACUCCCUUGCAGAGGUCAUCAUCACCAUUCUAGCCUUGCUUGUUGCAACAUGUGAGGGCAAUACUGGUCUCUCUCUCUUGUUUUUCUGUAAGGGUAUGUUCACAUCUACGGCAGCGGAUCUGGCAAGCUGUUCCAGCAGAGAACAGCCUGCCAGAUUUCACAGGAUCCAGCAUUGCCGGGUUCUACAGUUCACCGCUGAAUCCCCAUUGACUAUAAUGGGGUCCAGCGGUGAUAUGGCUGCUUUCCUGCAUAAAUGCCAGACAGAAACCGUUGCAUGCACAUUUUGUGGCUGGCUGACAGCCCACACUUCAGGCCAGACAUGUGAACAUAGCCGUAUAUAGUAAGUAAGAUAAAUAAAUAUAAAGUUCUGUUCUUCCCCUAUAACAAGUGUAGUUUAUUUUCCAUUUCAUUUAUUGCAAUUCAAAAUGCCAUUUGUUGUGAAGACAUUUGCAUUUCUUCUGUGCAAGAACAAGUGCCAAACUUUGAAGUGCUCUUGUGUGACAAAGACAAAUUAAGUGCAAUUCAGGACAAUACUGGUCUCUUUUCUUGUUUUUCAGUAAGAAAGUCCUCGUCUUUUGCUAUUUUAUAACAAGUGUGGUUUAUUUAGCAUUUCUUUCAUGUUUUCACAUCAGUAAAUGCUUCUUAAUAUUUACUGUUUGUUAACAUUUCAUAAUUUGUCUAUAGAGUACUCGUCAUCUUAUAUAUUGCCUAAGCAUGAUAUGCAAUGACUAGGCAAAGUACAGUAUAUAAAAGACUGAAGUAACAGACAUUUCAUACUUUUGCCUAAAUACUUUUGGCAUUCUAUACAAUGCCUGCAUAUCGUCUGUAAUAUAUACAUUAAACACAUGUUUUCUUUACAAUGAAACCCUAUGAUGAUGGAUGUCGUGUAUAUGUUAAACGUGAUGUGAACACAGCCUUAGUGAUAUGCCAGAAGAUUUGAUUGGUGGGUUUUCGAAUGGAUCUCUAAAACCAUGGCAUGUCAAUUUUUUUAAUGAUUGGUUUGCCUUAAACAAGUAAUCUAUUGGUUUUCAUAUUUUAAUUGACUUGUCUGCAACCUUUUAAGCUAGCAAUAGACUUUUGUUGGCAGAUCCUUCCGUUUUCUGCGGAGCCUGCUGAUAUUGGGUAUGGACCUAGGAAAGACCAUCUGCUGUUUAUUCUUGGAGGGAAAGGAGCAUUACCUGUUAAGGAAUUUUGGGCCAGUUCUCUAUUGUUUCUAUUUAAAGGGGUUACAUCAUGAUUAAUAUAAAAAUGAGAAUCAGACAUCACAUAGUAGAUGAAAAUGUAUUUCUAACAAAGCUAGAAUCAGUCCUGUGCCUCACACGGAUCUAGAGAUGUCCACAAUUGCUCUGCUACAUUUCCUUCAGGCUAGCAGCUCGGUGGGUGUGUCCUUUCUGCUGCAGCUCUCUCCCUAUUGCUGCUCAAAGUGUAUCUUUUCUGCUGCAGCUCUCUAUCAGCUCAAGGGAGUAUGUCCUUUCUGCUGCAGCUCUCCCCUAUCAAAGCUGGGGGGUGUCCUUUCUGAUUCACUAUUGCUGCUCAAGGGGUGUGUCUUUUCUGCUGUAACUUUCUUCCUAUCACAGAUGAGUAUAUCCUUUCCGCUGCAGUUCUCUCCAUGUAACUAUCACAGUUUCUAAAAGAAGAUCUGGCUGGUAGCAGCUUAAGGAUGGAACUGAGCAGGUGUGUCUACUUCACUGAUGUUACUGAGGUGAACAAAAGAAAAAAGGAAAAGAACAAACAGCAGGUGGCGCUAUACAGAUACAAUUUAUCGAAUAAAUGUUACAUAAAACUACAAAAGUAUUCAGAUCCAGAUGCUGGUUUGAAACUGGUAGAAUCUUUUUCAUAAGACAACUUCUUUAAGAUGAGGGGACC